AUGAAUCAAGUAGAAUUUCAUCCUCAUUUUGUCCGGCAAGAGCUUAUGGAUUACUGUAAGAACAACGGCAUUUUCUUUCAGGCAUAUUCGUCUUUGGCUCGGCACAACCCUGAUCUAAUUGAGCAUCCAGCAGUAUUACAAUUAGCAGCUAAAUACGGAAUUUCUCCACAGAUUGUGUUACUAUCAUGGGCAGUUAGCCAAGGCGUUGGAGUCAUUCCGAAAUCAUCGAAUCCCCACAGGAUUGUGGACAAUUUGAAGGUAUGA